AUGUAUGAGCUAUUUCUGACGGCGCUUGUCGAAGACGCCGAUUUUCAGGCGGCAUGUGCCGUUCUGGGCGGCUUCUGCGCCAUGCCGCCGUGGGAGACGGUCAAUCGAGUCCUCUACUUCCAAGGCCCGCCGCGGCCAGCGGGCAUCUCGAACCAGAGCUCCAUUGACAAGCCCAUGCGCAAGGACGUCGCGUUCCUAUACAAAGACCUGCAUCAAAACCUUAGCCGCCAGUCAUUUGUCCUCCAGGCGCGGUACGAGAUUCUCAAAGAUCGCGACAUGGGUCCCUCAUCAGCACCCCAAGAUCUGGACGCCGCGGCAGGAAUCCUGAGAUGGGCCGACUUCCCCGAUCCUCCUACCGCGAGGCCUGUCCUCACGCAGCGUAAAGUUGUCGAGCUGUGGGAGCAGAAGAAGCUCCCAUCGGUGAUGCGGGACAACAAUUACCAGUUCAAGACAGAAACGGUCGAAGAGCUCUAUCGGUUUUUCCGCGAUGAUAUCGAGUUUUGCCUGAGCAGGCAAUACUUUCUCAAGCGCAUAAACGACUACAUGCCGCUCGGGCCCACGCAACAUAACACAACCGAGCCCUUCCAGACCCUGCCGGCGUGGGAUGCGCUUACGCCGAUGGACGGCCAGAACCGCUGGGUUCUCCAGAUCAAGGCGCACGUGCUACAAGACAACAAGCCCGACGAGAUCCGCAAGGCUCAGGACCAGCUCAUGGCUAUACGGGGCGAGCUCGACGGCGUCUUUGACUUUAAGACGAUCGACCGCAAGGUGCACGACACGCGGCUUGCGAUGCAGCAGCAAGGCAUCCAGGCGCUGCCUCAAAGAGUCAUGCUGGGCAAGACUUGA